UAGAAUUACGUGGUUUAUUGUAGCAUUUAGAGACAGGUAGAGGCUAUAAGAGGGAAAACCUGGACUCUUGGGGCUGGAAGGGAGCAGCAAUUGCCCUUUAAAUCCUGGAGUUCAGAAGUGACUCCAAUACAAAAUAACUCCUUCACUAACGGGUGUCUUUUGCUAAACUUAUAUUGGAUUGUACAGAUGUGGCUUUGGGAAAAAUAAUCUCCAUGCAGCAGAAACUCGUUGCGUGAUGGACUACCAAUCCCAUCAUGCAACGUUCUGAAUUCGCCGCGUCGUGGUAAAGUCGGCUACAGCAGCCAUCCGUGCACAAGAGCCUUGGCGUUUUGGCUGCACUGCCGACUGGGUUGGUCCACGUGGUAAGUCUGUCAGCAUCUCCGCACCGCCGCUGAGCGAGGCCCUUUCGCCUGCUGGCGUCAGAAGAGGCGGCUGCCACCUCCUAAGCCGCUCACAGGUGGGGCGGAGGCAGCGCGAGGCUUUGCGACGUUUUUACGACAGCGGUUGCCGUCUUCCGAGUUCGCCCUCCCUCCUCCUCCUCCUCCUCCUCCUCCUCCUCCUCCUCCUCCUCCUCCUUCUCCUUCUCCUCCUCUCUCGGAGGAGCUACCGGCUGUUGUGUGGCGUCGCUGGUCUAUUGGGGCGGAUGGCUGCCUGAGUGUUCGUGAGAGCGUGUGGAAGAAGGUGAGGCGCGGACGCGCGUGGGCGAGGAGCAGAGUCAGCCGUGGCCGCCCCGCGCCGCACCCGCAGCAGCACGCGCGGCCAACCGCGCGCGAGCCGGCGCCCCGGGAGCGCGGGGACAAGGGCGGACGCCGCUCCCCGCCCCCAGCGCGUCCCUCGGCUGUCGCGCGCCCGCGGGGACCGCCCGGCGCUCCCCUGGAUGUCCCCGGCGCCCGCGCGGGACCUCCUGCCGUCGCCGCGUGAGGCGGGCUGGUGCUGCGGCCGGCGGGUGUAGCUCGGGGGCUGCGGCUGCCGCGCGGCCGGGUCCCCACCGCGGCCCUCGGGCCCCCGCCCCAGCACCCCGGCCUUGGAGGCUGUGACAAUGGACUAUGACUUUAAAGUGAAGCUGAGCAGCGAGCGGGAGCGGGUCGAGGACCUGUUUGAAUACGAGGGCUGCAAAGUUGGUCGAGGCACUUACGGGCAUGUCUACAAGGCGAAGAGGAAAGAUGGGAAGGACGAUAAAGACUACGCUUUAAAACAAAUAGAAGGAACUGGAAUUUCUAUGUCGGCAUGCAGAGAGAUAGCAUUACUUCGAGAGCUUAAGCACCCAAACGUCAUCUCUCUUCAGAAGGUGUUUCUGUCUCAUGCUGAUCGGAAAGUAUGGCUUCUCUUUGACUAUGCUGAACAUGACCUCUGGCAUAUAAUUAAGUUUCACAGAGCUUCGAAAGCCAACAAGAAGCCCGUUCAGUUACCUCGGGGAAUGGUGAAGUCACUGUUGUACCAGAUCCUAGAUGGGAUUCACUAUCUUCAUGCCAACUGGGUGUUGCACAGGGAUUUGAAACCUGCUAAUAUUUUAGUUAUGGGUGAAGGUCCUGAGCGAGGAAGAGUAAAAAUUGCUGACAUGGGCUUUGCCCGAUUAUUUAAUUCACCUUUGAAGCCUUUAGCAGAUUUGGAUCCAGUGGUUGUAACAUUCUGGUACCGAGCUCCAGAAUUACUCCUCGGAGCCAGACACUAUACCAAAGCAAUUGUCAUUCAGCUCUUAUCUCUUGUUUCUAGACAAUUCUUAAGGUAUGUGGUUCUUUGAUCUCCGCUCCGAUCUUUCUUGUGGAAUGCACUGCUUUGAGAUGCUGGACCUCUUAGUGUUUUCCACUGUGCUUUUCUUUCUGAUGCUUUCCUGGCUUUCUUGGGAGCUCCUUGUCUCACCAUGACUUUUGUGGCCUCUUGUGUUGGUUUACGCAAAGAAAAGCUUUGCUGACGUCUUUGCAGACCAGGAUUGUGGACUUGUUUGUGGUUUGUCAUGCACCCAGAGUUCUCACCUGCUCGGUCUUUUCUUAUGUGUUAUGUUGGAGGAUACUGUGUUCUGGGGAGUCUGUCAGGGUCCGUUCAGAGUUUCUGGAAUCUCUUAGUGCCAGUAGCCCUGAAGCCUUGAGCACACUGAAGUUCAUUGUCUUGCUCGGGGCCAUGCACUUGUCUUGCUUGUCUGCAGGUCCAUUUUGGGGGCUCAAGCCUGGGUGGACUGAGGGGCAUACUGCAGGGGCACAGAUAGGUUCUUGUGGUUCUGGAAGCAAUUUUACUUGCAAAUGUAGCAGAAAGUCUUGGCCUCUGCAUCUUCGUCUUGAUCACCAUACCUGACAGAAUCUACCCUCAGAUGGAGAGGUUGCCAGUGAAAGGUCUUUCUUGUCUGUGCUGGUGUCUUCCGUGGCCUCUUUGGGUGUUCUUGUAGUAGUAAGGAAACUUCUUGCCAAUCUUCCGGCUGGCCCCUCAUCUUGCUUUGAAAGUCCAUGGGCUGCUAUCGUAAGCACUGAAUGUCAGCCAUCUCCCUGGCAACCUGAGGAAAGAACCUGUUUUCUUUCUAGGCUCUGUUGUCUUCCAUUUGUGUUGUUUCUCAUCUGGUUUGUAAGGUCCCUUAAUUACUUAGGUGACCCCUAGUUUCUCUAUUUGUAUUUAAGAAUUAAGUUACAGAAACCACCUGGGAACUCUGUGUUGGAUUAUGGGAUAUGUAGGUUGCUGAUUAUACUUUGAAGUUCUCCAUCAGUCAGCUGUCAUCCCCAGGGAGAACCGGAUGCCUGAAUGGGCAAGCCUGUGUUCUAAGGCCAGUCAGACAUAUGAAUCUCUUGGCUUUUGGCCCAGUUGUUCUAUAUCAAAAUCCAAGGGCAUUGGCAGAAAACGGGUAGCUAGGUGUUGCCACAACAGUCCUUCCCAGCUAGGUGUUGCCACAACAGUCCUCCCCAGCUAGGUGUUGCCACAACUGUCCUUCCUGGUUUGACAUAGCCGCAGUGUUGUAGGAUUGUGCUGCUCAGACACCAUGCCAUAGACUGAGGUCUGUUUUUGCAUUAUUCCAUCUGCCUUCCAUGGACUGGAAAUAUUUGCAGCAUCUGUAUAGAACAUGUCUUUACACCAUCACUCUCUUCCUUUUCAUUCAAACUUUAAUCAGGAUACUGCUGCCUCCUUCCUGGAGGAAGCCAUCUGUGCUAAUGCCAUCUAGGAUAGUCUUGCUCUGUCACCCACAUCACAUCCUUAUCUUGUCUGCAGUGCUCCAAGCUGUAUCUAGAGUCCCACAGACCAAACUCACCUUCCUGUUGUUCACCACAGCCCACUAAAGCCAGUCUGUGUUGACAGGUGAGCAUACACUGUCUAAAGCAGGCCCUCAUGUGUGUUAGGGUUUUGCUCAUAUUUCUGUGAAGGCUUUUCCAGUCUGCAGAUGGGAAAGGGAGGAUCCUUGCUCUCAGCCUCUGAGUUAAUCUUGAAUCUCUAGGCUUUUACUUGGCAAAAGCUUUGAGUUCACUAAUGUUCUUAUCUGCUUUGAGAUCACAUUUUAUUUCAUAGAAAAACAAUUAUAAACAUAAGUCAGAUAUGAAAGGUCUCUCUGCAGCUUUGUAUGAAUCUAAAAUUAUUCCAAAAUAUUACCUUAAAAUAUUACCUGUUUUAAAGUCAGGCUCUUCUUCCGUGUGAACGCUCUUUCUUUCUCUUCCCCCUCUUGCCCCCCAUGCUGAUUCCUUGGGGCCAGUGAACUUACCCGAGAGUAGCAUUCCAGUAAACUUUCCUAUAAUAAAUACAUAUAAUAUAUAAUAAUAAACUGUUUCUGAAUACUUGCUGUUACUGAGACAUAUUGAAUAUUCUUUUGAAAAUAUUCUUAAGCAAAUUGAAGAUGGCUUUCUCAGUAAUAUGAUAGUUAUUUUUUAUUAUCAAAGAAUUGAUUAUUUCAGAGCAUGUUUACAUUUGGUGAGAUCUUAGCAGACUGAAUAGAUAGUGGAGUGAUUAUGAAACUUAGCCCCAUGCCCCAAGCACCGGAGACUCUGUUCCUCACAGUCCAACAGCUUCAAUCUGACGUGGGAGUGCAGGUGAACUUUGUGUUUGUCCCUCUCCUUCCUUCUCAUUUGUACAUAAGCAGAUGGGCAGCAUGGUGCCUUUUAAUAUGAACUCAAAUUCUGGGCCUUGUUCCUAAGAGUUGAUUAUCUAGUCUGCAUUAUAGGAAAGCAGAGAGGGACACAUGCACAGAAUGACUCUGUCAAUUCUUGAACAAGGAAAGUAGCAGUGGCCCACUAGGAACUGUGUGCUCACUGCUGACAGGUCCCCUCAUCCAGAGGAACUGUGUCCUCACUGCUGACAGUCCCCUAGUCCAUAGGAACUGUGUGCUCACUGCUGACAGGUCCCCUAGUCCAUAGGAACUGUGUGCUCACUGCUGACAGGUCCCCUCAUCCAGAGGAACUGUGUCCUCACUGCUCACAGUCCCCUAGUCCAUAGGAACUGUGUGCUCACUGCUGACAGUCCCCUAGUCCAUAGGAACUGUGUGCUCACUGCUCACAGUCCCCUAGUCCAUAGGAACUGUGUGCUCACUGCUGACAGGUCCCCUCAUCCAGUGGAACUGUGCCCUCACUGCUGACAGUCCCCUAGUCCAUAGGAACUGUGUGCUCACUGCUGACAGUCCCCUAGUCCAUAGGAACUGUGUGCUCACUGCUGACAGUCCCCUAGUCCAUAGGAACUGUGUGCUCACUGCUCACAGUCCCCUAGUCCAUAGGAACUGUGUGCUCACUGCUCACAGUCCCCUAGUCCAUAGGAACUGUGUGCUCACUGCUCACAGUCCCCUAGUCCAUAGGAACUGUGUGCUCACUGCUCACAGUCCCCUAGUCCAUAGGAACUGUGUGCUCACUGCUGACAGGUCCCCUAGUCCAUAGGAACUGUGUGCUCACUGCUCACAGUCCCCUAGUCCAUAGGAACUGUGUGCUCACUGCUCACAGGUCCCCUAGUCCAUAGGAACUGUGUGCUCACUGCUCACAGUCCCCUAGUCCAUAGGAACUGUGUGCUCACUGCUCACAGUCCCCUAGUCCAUAGGAACUGUGUGCUCACUGCUGACAGGUCCCCUAGUCCAUAGGAACUGUGUGCUCACUGCUCACAGUCCCCUAGUCCAUAGGAACUGUGUGCUCACUGCUCACAGGUCCCCUAGUCCAUAGGAACUGUGUGCUCACUGCUCACAGUCCCCUAGUCCAUAGGAACUGUGUGCUCACUGCUCACAGUCCCCUAGUCCAUAGGAACUGUGUGCUCACUGCUGACAGUCCCCUAGUCCAUAGGAACUGUGUGCUCACUGCUGACAGUCCCCUAGUCCAUAGGAACUGUGUGCUCACUGCUGACAGGUCCCCUAGUCCAUAGGAACUGUGUGCUCACUGCUCACAGUCCCCUAGUCCAUAGGAACUGUGUGCUCACUGCUGACAGUCCCCUAGUCCAUAGGAACUGUGUCCUCACUGCUCACAGUCCCCUAGUCCAUAGGAACUGUGUGCUCACUGCUGACAGUCCCCUAGUCCAUAGGAACUGUGUGCUCACUGCUCACAGUCCCCUAGUCCAUAGGAACUGUGUCCUCACUGCUCACAGUCCCCUAGUCCAUAGGAACUGUGUGCUCACUGCUCACAGUCCCCUAGUCCAUAGGAACUGUGUGCUCACUGCUCACAGUCCCCUAGUCCAUAGGAACUGUGUGCUCACUGCUGACAGGUCCCCUAGUCCAUAGGAACUGUGUGCUCACUGCUCACAGUCCCCUAGUCCAUAGGAACUGUGUGCUCACUGCUCACAGGUCCCCUAGUCCAUAGGAACUGUGUGCUCACUGCUCACAGUCCCCUAGUCCAUAGGAACUGUGUGCUCACUGCUCACAGUCCCCUAGUCCAUAGGAACUGUGUGCUCACUGCUGACAGGUCCCCUAGUCCAUAGGAACUGUGUGCUCACUGCUCACAGUCCCCUAGUCCAUAGGAACUGUGUGCUCACUGCUGACAGUCCCCUAGUCCAUAGGAACUGUGUGCUCACUGCUCACAGUCCCCUAGUCCAUAGGAACUGUGUGCUCACUGCUCACAGUCCCCUAGUCCAUAGGAACUGUGUGCUCACUGCUGACAGUCCCCUAGUCCAUAGGAACUGUGUGCUCACUGCUCACAGUCCCCUAGUCCAUAGGAACUGUGUGCUCACUGCUGACAGUCCCCUAGUCCAUAGGAACUGUGUGCUCACUGCUCACAGUCCCCUAGUCCAUAGGAACUGUGUGCUCACUGCUCACAGUCCCCUAGUCCAUAGGAACUGUGUGCUCACUGCUCACAGUCCCCUAGUCCAUAGGAACUGUGUGCUCACUGCUCACAGUCCCCUAGUCCAUAGGAACUGUGUGCUCACUGCUGACAGUCCCCUAGUCCAUAGGAACUGUGUGCUCACUGCUCACAGGUCCCCUAGUCCAUAGGAACUGUGUGCUCACUGCUGACAGUCCCCUAGUCCUUCAGUGCUAUUUCCUAGAAAUGGGAAUUUAGCUAUAUUCAAAUGUAUUUGUCCACAUUAACUCUAAACAUUCUAUGGCAUUAUACAGAAACAUUGCCUUCUACAGCAGGAGUCGCAAAGGGAGCUGACUUGUUUACAGUUGACCCGAUUCACACCAGUGCCAUUUCUUCAGUGCUGCUGAUCCCUGGGCAUGUAUACCUGCUUUGGCCAUGAUGCUUUUGGAGAGCACUUCAUUUCAAUCCACACAUUGCCAGAGGAAGCCAUAACAUAGCUCCUUCUCAGCUGUUUGUAUCUGAGAGGUCAUGAAUUUGUUACUUUUAGUAUUUUUAAAUAAGGUUGAGAUAGUGAAGGGGAGCCUUCAGUUCUAGUUGAUACUCCAGUGUCACACCUGCCCCUUAAGUCUGUGGGUAGCCUUUGAGCUGGUCAAGCACUCAGAUUCCCCGCAUCAUUUAAAAGUUCCUGCUGGAACUGCGUCUAGAUUUGGCGUGUGAGCAGCUACACCGCCCUUGGAGUUAAUCAUCAAAGUACCUGGAGCAUGCGCCUGUGUCCGUCCUCAGGGUCAUGCAGAAGGGGGGCCCGCUGAUGGCAUUCAGCAGAUUGUGUUAGACUGCAGAGUGCAUAAAGAAAACGUCUGGCUUAGACUAUGAUAAAUCGCCAUGGCCCCAUUUCCCACUGCAAAUGGUCGGUCACAGAGUUCAGUGCUGGAAGCUGAAUCAUUAAACCAAAGAGAGAAUGGGUUAGUGAGCAGGAUAUCUAGGGGACUGAGACUAGGUGUCUGGCCUGUUAGUUUUGUUUGUUUGGUGUUGGGAGGAUGCUGAAGGGAAGGUCUGAGUUCCCAGAGAGCUGUGACUAGGUCUGUCUCGAAAGCUGUGCUGGAGUGUGGGACUGGGCAGUGCUCUCCCUCCAGUUGUCCAGUGGGCUCUGAUUGGGUGGCCCUCUCUUGACUGGGGAGUUUGAGGUAAAACAGAAAAGAUGGGUCCUUGUUCUUUCUAUCAGAGUCAGCACUAUUGAUUAAGCAGUGUUUAACAAAUCCUCCUGUGUCCACUUGGGUGCCAGGUGACAGUUCCAUCUCAUUAGCUACACAUGGCUGCUGCAUGUUUGAGGAGUUAGGAAGGUAAACACGGGUAGCCUCUUAGGAAUUUGGCGUAUUUUCAAACAUGAGCAAGGAAAAGACACCUUCUUGGAAGGAAUUAGGGAGUUAAUACCCAACCAUCUGACUAGAAUCUGUGUUUGGUGACUAAAUCAAGAUAGUGAGGGCGAACGGUAGAAAUUUGAUACACCCAAGAGACAGGCGGAAGUUGUGAGUUAGAAGUGACCAGGGUUAGGGUCACCCUGUGACUGCUGUGCUUUUCCUCCAAGAGUGAACACCUGUCAUGCUGUCAUGGACAAACUACUCCAUUCGUCUUCAGGGUUUUCAGUAACUAACCAGAUGAUUCAUCGUAGUAUCUUUUGGGUAUAAGUUGAGUUUUUAAACUGCGAAGUAUUCACUCCCCGUGUUUUAAUCCCUAGCCUGCCUCCCCAUGCAGUGAUGAGAUAGUCAGAGAUGACAUUUGCAUGCAGUAGCUCUCCUGAGGACCCUCUAACACUGAAACAAAAUAGCCUAACUGUUCCUUGAUGAAACUUUUCCCCGUGUGGUAGCAUUGUCUUACCUAGACAGUGCUGGUGCACACCUUUAAUCCCAGUACUAGGGAGGCAGAGGCAGGUAGAUCUCUGAAUUGAGGCCAGCCUGGUCCAUAGAGUGAUUUCCAGGACAGCCAGGGCUACACAGAAAAACUCUUGAAAGCAAACCUUCUACCCUCCUCCCCCAAAUGAAAGGAUAGUAUUAUCAUCUUGGCUUUCUAAGAUGAAAAAAAUUGUGUUUUAAAAAAAUUGUCUUUGCAAAUUAUGAACUUUUAUGUAAAUAGAUUAACUUGUCACUCUAAAAUGUAAAUAUGAUAAUUUACAUAUGCAAUGAGAAUCUUAUGUAUGAAGAUAUAAAAAGUCAUAAUUGUGAUAAAUAAUAUAUUUCAGUGCUGAAGUUUAGAAAUUCUCGUAACACUUUUUUCCUCUCGUUUCCUGCUUAAGCCCUAGUGUCUCAGAUACCUGAGUAAUCAGCCUCAAUAUAAGGAUGCCUUUUGUAAUUUGUUCUUGUGGGUUUGUGGUUUUCAUGUUUGCCCUGGGUUUU